AUCACAUGCACAUACAGCUGAAUGUUAACUGUUGCCGUGCGCUGUGUGUAGGAGAUAAACUCACCAAGAGCGAAUCCGUUAGAAUAGUCUAGCACGGCUGGUUGUUCUCCUGGAUUGGAAUUAUGACCAUGAUUGAUUUCAAAGACCCCCUGAUCAAACGUCAGAGGGAAAUAACAUGGACGCCUAUCUUCUAUUGGAAAUGACAAGUUUAAAAGUCUGACAAGCUGCGAUACAGUAGAACAGAAGCGACGUUGGAAUCACCGUGGGUUGCAAGAGUCUAUUCUGGUAGUUCGUGAGAAUAAGCAAAGGGAUGAGCGAUUUGCGAUUUUGGGACCAGUUAGAACCUGGCAGCUCCGAGGUGGACUGGUGUGAAGGCAAUUACUUGAUAUAUCCAAACAUUGCGGAGUUUUACAACACGAUCAGCAACAUCUUAUUUUUUGUUUUGCCACCUAUUUUGAUGUGGUUAUUCCGUCAAUAUGCCACACAUUACAACAGUGGAAUUUAUCUAAUAUGGAUUCUUCUGGUGGUUGUAGGCAUUGGGUCUACAUACUUCCAUGCCACCCUCAGCUUCCUGGGGCAGAUGCUGGAUGAGCUGGCCAUUCUCUGGGUGCUUAUGUGUGCCAUUGGGAUGUGGUUUCCCAAGAGAUACCUGCCACGAGUCUUCAAGAAGGACAGGUCACGAUUUAAAGUGGUGAUCGGCGUGCUGUCUGGAGUCACCACUGGCCUGGCCUUCAUCAAACCCGUCAUCAACUCUGUGUCCCUCAUGAUGCUGGGCAUACCCUGCACCGCGCUGCUCAUCACGGAGCUCAGACGGUGUGAAAACCCUCGUGUUUUUAAGCUGGGCCUGAUCUCAGGAUUCUGGUGGACUCUGGCCCUGCUUUGCUGGUUAAGUGAUCGCAUUUUCUGUGAAAUGUGGUCCUCAGUCAAUUUCCCCUACCUGCACUGUCUAUGGCACAUCCUCAUCUGCCUGGCCUCCUACCUGGGCUGUGUGUGUUUCGCCUACUUCGAUGCCUUCUCCGAGGCCCCGGAGAGAGGCCCAGUCAUUCUCUUCUGGCCCAGUGAGAAAUGGGCCUUCAUCGGAGUCCCGUACGUCAGCCUGCUCUACGCCCAAAACAAGUCCCCCAUCAAGAUGACUUAGCGCACACCACAUGUGGGCCGCUGAUUUGAAGUGCUCUACCUUAGCUCAACCUCAGGGAGGUGCUCAGAGCUUUACAAAAACACUCAUAUCUCCUCAGGGUUGGAAGGGUUAAAGAACACACCUCCACAAUCAAUGACAAGCACAUAGUUUAGGCCGGGUAUGGUGUGUUUUCAGAUUUUUUUUUUGUAGAUACAAGAGAACUUUGGUCUGAAUGCGAAGGGUUUGUUUUUACAGUGGGUUGUUGUUUGCCACAGAAGAAACACUGAUCAAUUCCAGGUGCAUAUCAGCAGUAGCCGCAGUAACAAAGGCUCCAUAUCAUAUCUACUCUGGGGCAGGUAGUGUGUAAGCACUCUGUCUGAGUUCCAAAGCAAUGUUGAAUUCUGACAGAGAGGUUUCCAAAUCUAAAUGGCAAACAUUUUCUUUUAAAUAUGUCAGAGACUGUCUGUGGAGAAUUUCAGUUUGUUUACUCAUUCACACCACAUUUCCAAAUGUGCCAGAUGGAACUUUGUAUGUGUGGACAGCUCACAGUCCAAACAUAUGGCUAUGCCAAAUUAGCCAAAUUUAUAUGAAAAGCCAUUUUUUGUGAUGUGCCAAAAGAAUAUCUGUUUUGUACUAAAUUUGACCAUGCUAAGCAACAGAGAAUUGUGUUUGAAUGUUUGAAAGUGGCUUCAAGUUAUAAUCCAUAAUUUUGCACUUUGCUUUGUACCACACCAACGCUGUUGUUGAAUGGCCAGGUAAGUGUUUUGUUCUCUGGCCAGACCACUGACUUUUUUUCCCCUGGUGCCGACAUCCUCCUCCACUCCUAGUUAGAUCUGCUUACAUUGACAUCUUAAUGCCAUAGCCUGAUGUGGCAGUGAUGUAGUUAAUUGUUUUGCAGUAGAUCAGUUAUCCCAAAUGUCAUGUGUUGAUCGUUUGUUUGAAGAGGUUGACAAUAUAUUAAUCAUGUACUAAUUAUUUGUAUUUGUUUAGAAAUGAAGAUAUAUUGAUAUUAUUUUUAGAUGAUGGGUAGAGCUGAUGUUUGUAAUGUCAGUGUUAAGCAAACAUAUUCUUAUUUACUCUUGUAUUUGAACCUUUUCAACUGAUAUGCAAAGACAAGAUGUCAUGGGAUUUGUUUAGGUAAAUAUGCUAUUCUAUAUUUUUUUAUAACUACCAAGAGGACAACUCAGAUCUGUUGGAUGUCAUGUCACUUAAAUGUGAAUUCAGUUAUGUUUAACUAUCCACAAUCGUCUUCCCCUGUGCUCAUACACACACCAGAGGCAAUACUCCGUCUCUUGAUCUCCCCCUGCUGGUAAUGACUAAAAGUUCUUGCACUAUUCUUGAGCUACAUUACCUCUUUAGUCUCUGAGUACCACUAUGGCAUCUGUUGCUACAUGUAGGUAAAAGUAGUAGUGUUACGGGACACUGAAUGACACGUUUCAGAUCAUGUUCAUUGUAGUAGGCCUAUGGCUAUGCAUAUAGGCCGAAACUGUAUCCCACUUACGUUAUUUUAGAUACUGAACAAUUGACAAUACAACACACAAUGCAAAUACGUAUUUUGUGCCAAAGAGAAGGUGGACAAAGUCUGUGCAGCGACUGAACAAGAAAGAGUUCAAAUCUUCAUUGUGAUUCUGGUGUCUCAUUCAAGUUUCCAAGGGAGCUUGAAUUGGACUGACACUGGUUAUCUUUUGCACAAUGCUUGUCUUUGCACUGGUAGCUUAAGUAAAAAUGUUUGUGGAAUUGAGGAAAUGCUGUAAAAUGUUAGCCUAUAACAAUUUAUUUUAAUAUGCUAUCUAAUUAUACAAAAACUAGUAAUAAAUAAAGUGUUUAAACGUG